CUGGUCGCGCGGCCAAAUUAAAGCAACAUGGCGGCUUGCCAUAAUAACUCUUAAUACGGAAUACAUUAUUUUGAUGAGUGCGUACUGAUCAUCACAGAAUUCGCUUGAAUUUUGUUUCGUUGUGCAAAUUGAUGAGAACUUACCCAUCGCUGGCCGAGCCCGAGUUAAUUAACGUCUGCAGGACGGACGAAUGUGAACAUUUCUUUCAAUCUAAACCUCUAUUCUGCUUUCAACACUGUAUUGGACAAGAAUUACCAAGUAUUGCCCUUCUAUGAAGAAUCAUGUCGUCUACGCAAACCAAAAUGCGAGGUCCUGGAAGACCACCAAAAUCAAAAAAUUCCUGUACAUGGUGUGCCGAACUUAAGUUACCAUUGAAAUACGUCCUCCCGACUCAGCAUGGGAAGAAGGAAUUCUGUUCGCAAACGUGCCUGUCCUCGUUUCGCAAGGCAUAUGUACGUGGUGCGUGCGUCCAAUGCGAUAACGUGAUCAGAGGCACGCCAGUUCGUUUAGAGGAGAAGGACACACCUACAAAGAAUUUCUGUUCGCCGUACUGUCUAAAUAAACAUCACAAGAAGACAGCACAGUCUGAAGUCAAGAAGAAUAAUAACAGGGACCAGGGGUCACCUGCAUCGUCGCUUGCGUCAGGAGUGAUAAAUAACAACAAUGUACCAUCUACGACUCAGUCGUUUACGAAUGUAGGCCACAGUCCUUCGACUUCGACCGGUUCCUUCCAAUACGAAACUUACCCAACGUUCGACUGGGAUUUAUAUUUGAAAGAAACGAACAGUCGAGCAGCGCCGAUAGAAUGUUUCAAACAGGCUGAGGUCCCCCCUACUAACGAGUUCAAAAUAGGUAUGAAGCUGGAAGCCCUCGAUCCUCGGAAUUUAACGUCGACCUGCAUCGCGACCGUUGUCGGGAUCCUCGGUCCCCGUUUGAGAUUAAGGCUCGACGGCUCCGAUAAUAAAAACGAUUUCUGGCGCCUUGUCGACAGCAACGAGAUCCACCCGAUCGGGCACUGCGAGAAAACAGGCGGCAUGCUGCAGCCGCCGUUGGGCUUCCGGAUGAAUGCCUCCAGCUGGCCGAUGUUCCUUUUGAAAACCUUAAACGGCGCGGAGAUGGCACCGGCCAAAGUGUUCAAACGCGAACCAAAGACGCCGCGUUUGAACUUGUUUGAGGUCGGACACAAACUGGAAGCUAUAGACAAGAAGAAUCCGCAGUUGAUCUGCACGGCUACGGUCGGAGAAGUGAAAGACGAUGUGAUUCAUGUCACUUUCGACGGCUGGCGAGGAGCUUUCGAUUACAGAUGUCGCUACGACUCUAGAGAUAUCUUCCCCGCUGGCUGGUGUCUCAAAAGCGGCCACCCGCUCCAACCGCCGAAGCCAAAAACAGCAGGGCCUAACAAUAGGUUUAAGUCGAGGACCGGUAACGUCCUGCCAGUAACGGCGGUAUCGGGAGGAGGUCCAAACGGAGAACCAGCUGUUGCUCUAGUCAGUCCCGCAGGCUCGAGUGCUCCACCGCAACCGGCUACGGAGCCGGAUACUAGUACAGCUAACACCAAACCAUAUUCAUUAGAUAAUGUUACCCUUUAUGUAAACCACAAUUGCACGUGCGGUCCAUACUUCGACCCGCGUAAAGUGAAAGCCAUGCCGGCGCAGUUCGGCACCGGGCCUAUACUAAGCGUCGCGCGCGAGGUGUUCCAAGCGUUUCUAAUGGCCGCGUUGGGUGCAAGGCAUAUGUUAAGUUUAUUGAGACGCGGCGAAGGAGAGACGAUUAAUUUAAUUUUAGAAAGUAAACCGACUUCCGUUAGAUUACCAGUAUUUAUGGAUCAGGAGGACUUUUAUUUGUACAUUAGGCGACAGCUCGAAGAUCUUUGUGCAUGCGAGCAUAUGAUAUUCAGAAGGAAAGAGCCUUGCUUGAAGUGCCCGAAUGCUCAGCAGCCGCAGUCUACGAACAGCGAAGAGGCAGUAGCCAAUACUGACACGUCUAACGGCAAUAACAGUGCGAGAAAAAGAAGGUGGCCCGAAGAGAGCCAACAGAAUCAACAAAGCCUGUCGUCCACCACGCAGCAACAGCAAACGCAACCGGAGACGCCGCCGCAAACGCAACAGAAUUCCGUACAAAGUACGAACAAUGAUACCUCUCCUUCGUCGUUGUCGUCGUCGAUGCCUACGAAGCAACUCCGAAAAUCUAUCCCAGAACUCGAAGCUGCUACGUCUACCACUCCGUCGGAGAGUUCUAAUAAUCGCACACCUACUACCGAACCCGCAGAGUGGACUAUUGAAGACGUGAUACAUUAUAUCGGCAUUACUGAUCCGGCGCUCGGCCAGCAUGCAGACCUGUUCAGGAAGCAUGAAAUCGACGGGAAAGCAUUAUUACUUCUAAACUCCGAGAUGAUGAUGAAGUACAUGGGCCUGAAACUUGGCCCGGCUCUAAAAAUAUGCAAUCUAGUUAAUCGUAUUAAAGGCAGAAGGCACCUGCUUCUGUGACUGAGUCAAACGUCGAACUCUGUACAGUGAAUUAAAAGUUCUCCUACUACUUAACAAUUUGCUGGUUACAAAUUCGUUUCCAUUAUCGUGAUAAAAGGGAAAGAAAGAAAAAACAAAUUGUUGAACUACUGUGAAUAUAUUGCGAGUAUGCACUUUGAUAAUGAUUGUAUAAUGAAACAAUUGAUUGAUUCAUCGUUUAUGUAGGUUGUAAGCGACCGGAGAGAAUCAAAGUUUAAUCGUGCUUUAAUCUGUACUAAAUUGUACAGACGGCUCAUUGGCUAUCGGGCUCGGUUCCCACGUGCACAUAGAAAAUCCGGUACAUUCAUCUAAGUCCAAGUAGCUGGAACGCGUGCAAAGCAUUCAAGAUAGAGAGGAGACCGUGCCAAUUUUCUAUGUACUUCUACAAACCGAGCCCAAUGAAUAUUCCGUACUUUAUUUCUCUUUUAGUAAAUCGGCGAAAUUACGAGAUGCCUCUAAACCAGGGAUGGCGAGCUUCUUUUCCUAAAUAACGUUUGACUCUGACUGUGAACUUACCUGUUUUCCCAUGCCAAGAGAGCUACACUUGAAAAUAUCGACCUUCUUCUUCGUAGGAUUGCGUUAUAAAGCUCGAGAAAGAAACAGACAGAUUUAUCUUUUGGCAUUGAGACACUAGCGGAGGUCGUCAAAUGCAGCACGAGAAGCGGGGGAACAGAAGCUCGCCAUCCCUUCUGUGAACGAAUCCUAGAACUCGAUUAGCUUAAACAAUUAAAUUGAUCACGAUCGGGUAUUAAGUAACUAUUGUUCGCAUUUGCUUUCAUAGGAUUUUAUUCUUCUAACGAGGUAAUUUAGACAGUUUAAAAAAAAAAAAGAACAUUGUACAAUAUUUAUACACCGCAUUUGCAAAAGUACACGUUGGUACUUUAAAAACGUUAGAUAAUUACCUUUGAAUACAUUUUUAUUUGUUAAUUAGGCAGGAACUAAUUAUAUUAAACGUUUCUGUGCAUUUUCAUCGCAAAGCGUGAAUGGCAAGGUAAAAAGAGUAUGUACAAAGUGUAAUUAUUUUCUGUUCGAUACGACACGUACGUAUUUAAGGAUCGUUACCCAUAACUGUAAUUACUUUAUGCGUUUCGCAACGUAUCCACAAAUAUGAAACAAAUAAUAAUAAUAAAGCAUCAUUUUGUACACGAUAAGGAAGCAUCUUCUGCUUUUCAUCGAUCAGAGACUAUGUAAUCGCAUUAUUUCUUUUUAUUUUCUUUUUUACGAGUAACACUACGUGUAACGAAACAGACUUUCAACGAAUCUAAUUCAAAUAAAGAAUUGCUGCAUCGUACUAUA